GCGCGAGACAACCGCACGUGUUGUUUUCAUGGACGUGUGUGUGCUGUAGUGUGAAACUUGUGUGUGAGAGUAAAGUGUAAAAACCACAGCGACAAACAUGGGGAAAAAAGUAAAAACCGGAAAAGCCAGGAAGGAUAAAUUCUAUCAUUUGGCGAAAGAAACAGGUUAUCGCUCUCGUUCAUCUUUCAAACUCAUCCAGCUCAACCGUAAAUUUCAGUUUCUGCAGAAAGCCAGAGCUCUGGUCGACCUGUGUGCUGCUCCCGGUGGAUGGUUGCAGGUGGCGUCCAAGUUUAUGCCUGUAUCCAGUCUCAUUAUUGGUGUUGACCUGGUGCCCAUCAAGCCCAUCCCCAACGUGGUGGCGCUGCAAGAAGACAUCACCACUGACAAAUGCAGACAGGCUUUACGAAAGGAACUGCAGACUUGGAAGGUUGAUGUUGUGCUAAAUGACGGAGCCCCGAAUGUGGGAGCCAACUGGCAAUAUGAUGCCUUCUCACAAGCUCAUCUAACCCUCAUGGCCCUGAAGUUGGCCUGUGAGUUUCUGACCAAAGGUGGCACUUUCGUCACCAAGGUCUUCCGCUCCAAAGACUACCAGCCACUGCUCUGGAUCUUCCAGCAGUUCUUCAAGAAGGUGCAGGCCACCAAGCCGCAGGCAUCUAGGAAUGAGUCCGCCGAGAUCUUUGUCAUCUGUCAGGGUUUUGUCGCCCCAGACAAAAUCGACAGUAAGUUCUUUGACCCCAAACAUGCGUUCAAAGAGGUGGAGGUGCAGGCCAAAACUGUGAGGGAGCUGAUCCCUGUCAAGAAGCCAAAGGCGGAGGGAUACGCAGAUGGUGAUCUGACACUCUACCACAGUUUCACGGCCACAGCCUUUCUGAAAGCUGAAAAUCCCAUAGACUUCUUGGACAAAGCCAGUGAGAUCACCUUUGACAGCACAGACCUGCAGUCUCACCCGGCCACCAGUGAUGAGAUAAAGGAGUGCUGUCGUGACAUCAAAGUGUUGGGCCGCAAAGAGCUCCGGCUGCUGCUGAACUGGCGGUCCAAGCUGAGGAGAUUCCUGGCCAAAAAACUGAAGGGGGAGGCCAAACAGCUUGACCCAGAAAUCAACUUAAGUUCUGAUGAAGAAAAGGGCGAUUCAGACGAAGAACCAGAGAAGAAGAAACAGGCAGAGGGGGAAGAAGAAGAGGAGGAUGAGGAGGAAGAAAUGGUGAAGAAACUGGCAGAACUGAAAGCUGAGGAGGUGGCUGAGCUCAAACGGAAGAAGAGGAAGCUGCUGAAGGAGCGGAGGAAGCAGAGGGAGAGGGUGGAGUUGAAGAUGGACCUGCCUGGCGUCUCCAUUGCAGAUUCCAAUGACUCAUCCAUGUUCUCCCUCAGCACCAUCAAGAAGCAAAAGGCGCUGGCUGAUAUAUCCAAAGGGGACAUGCAGGUAGCAGACACCCUGGUGGAGGAAGAUGACGACCUCCACCUGUCUGAGGAAGACGAAGAGGAAGAGGAUGAAAUGUCCCUUGCAUCUGAUUUAGACGAUGAAGACAUGGAAGAGGUGGAGCAGAGACAGAAAGCGCUGGAGAAGAAAGCACCAAAGAAGAAAGUAACGUUCACUGAAGAAGAGGAGGAGGAUGAAGGGCAGGAAAGUGGCUUGCUGGUGGAACUGGAGGGAAAAGAUGAGAAGAAGGAACGACAGACGGACCUGUGGUUCAGCAAGGGUAUCUUCUCUGAGAUCGACCUGGAAGGAGACGCAGAGAGUGAGCUGCAACAGACCGAGUGGCUUCAGAACAUACAAAAAGAAAAAGGCAAAAAAAGGAAAGCUGAGGAGGAGGAGGAACAGGAGGAGGAGAAGGAAGAGGAGGAGGUGGUUCCUCUGCCAGAUAAGGAAAAGGCGGGACCUUCAAAGGAAGCUGAAGAGGAGAGUGACAGUGACUCGGACGACAGCAGCGAUGAUGAAAAGGAGAUUACCAGGAUGAAGCAGGCCACUAAAGGAGCUGGUGGGAUGUCAGGAGAGGUCAAUGACGAUGACUUCCAGGUUGUGCCUGUGGAAAGCAUCAGUAAGAAAGCCAGGAUCCUGGAUGCAGAGGGUCUGGCUCUGGGCUGUCAGAUCGCGACGUCUAAGAAGAGAGCCAGGGAUCUGAUGGACGGCUCCUUCCACAGGUUUGCUAGCUCAGAGCAGCCAUGGGAUGUUCCGACGUGGUUCCUGGACGACGAACAAAAACACCGGAAGAAGCCGGUGCCGGUCACCAAGGAGAUGGUGGAGGAGUACAAACAAAAAUGGAGGGAGAUCGAUGCCCGACCCAUCAAACGAGUUGCUGAGGCCAAGGCCAGGAAGAAGAGGAGGAUGCUGAAGAAGAUGGAGCAGGCUAAGAAGAAAGCAGAGGCUGUCGUCAACACAGUGGACAUCUCUGAGAGGGAGAAGAUGGCUCAGCUGAAGAGUAUCUACAAGAAAGCAGGCAUCGGGAAGGAGAAGAGAGAAGUAACAUAUGUUGUGACCAAAAAAGGAGCUGGUAAGAAGGUGAGGCGGCCCGCUGGCGUCAAGGGAGCCUUCAAAGUGGUGGACGGUCGCAUGAAGAAAGACAUGCGGGGGAUGCAGAGGAAAGAGCAAAAAGCUAAAGGGGCCAAAGGAAAAGGCGGCAAAGGAAGAGGACAGGCAAAAGGUGGCAGAGGAGGGAUGAAAGGUGGUAAAGGGCGUAAAGGAAAAUAAAUUUGUCCUCUCACCCUCCUGCAUUUCUAUUUAACAUCACCUGGUCUCAAGUUGCAGGUGAGCAUUUAUGGAGCUUUGUGAGCUAAGAUGCCGGCCCCAGAUUGAGCUCCUGUAUCGUGUACGGAGGCCAGAAUGAACUUUGGUCACUCACAUGGAUGCCCUCUUUUUAGCAACUUUUGCUGAAGUUGUUUAAACUCCUGGACACUUGAGAUAUGUUAUGUGGGUAUUUGAAAGCUGCUGUUCUGUGUUCGUCUUUCUGAAGACGUAGAUUUGUCUUGAACGGAGUGGAUUCACUGAACAGUUUAACUGUAAAUGGCAGAAAAUCAAGUUAAACAUUAUAACAAUAUAAUGUGUUCUCCAGAAAUGUUGCUAAUAUUAUUGUAAAUAUUAUAUACACAAUUUUACAAUAAAAGUUUUGUUGAA